AUGAAGUACUCCCUCUCUCUUGCUGCGUGCGCGACCGUCUCCGCCGCAGCGGCGACGACCUCCCUCCUGGCUCAGAUGGCAGACACCCACAUCCGCCGCGGUGUGGAAAAGACCUACGAUUACACGCAGGCUGUUCUGUACCUCGGCAUGGAGGCGGCGCUCGCGCUGAAGCAGAAUGAAACCAUCGCCGACUGGUACCAAGCGCAGGUCGACGGCGUGGUUCUCGACGACGGCACCAUCGCCGACUGGGAUUACAGCUUCUACUCGCUCGAUGAGUACCGUAUGGGCAUGAGCUACCUGUACUGGUACAACCGCACCGGCGACGAAAAGUACAAGUCGGCCGCCGAGGUAGUACGCGAACAGCUGAACCGCCACCCCCGGACGCCGUCGGGCGGCUUCUGGCAUCGCGAUCCGACGUACCCGGAUCAGAUGUGGUUGGAUGGUAUUUUCAUGGCUGAUUCGUUCUACUCCAAGUGGACGAGCUUGUAUGAUGCGGAUAAUGCAACGGCGUGGGAUGAUAUUGUGUUGCAGUACGACAACAUUGAAGCGCACUGCCGCAAUGCCACUUCGGGACUUCUGGCGCACGGUUACGAUGAGAGCAAGGUCGCUGUGUGGGCUGAUCCCGAGACGGGUGCAUCGCCCCAUGUUUGGGAUCGCGCUGUGGGGUGGUACUUUGUCUCCCUGCUUGAGACGCUGCAGGUGUUCCCCCAGUCUCACGACGGGUAUGCGCGCCUGCUUGAGUACUUUACCACCCUUGCGGCGGCUGUCAAGAAGUCUCAGGAUACGUCUGGAGGCUGGUGGUUGAUCAUGGACGAGCCUUAUCCCGGCAUGGAGGGCAACUACAUUGAGAGCAGUGCCACGGCUAUGUUCACGACCGGCAUGUUACAGGGAAUCCGAUUAGGCUUCAUCGCUGAAGAUGAGUACCUGGCUCCAGCUCAGAAGGCUUAUGCCCUCAUGACGGAGAAGUAUGUUGUGGAGAAGACCGAUGGGACCCUGGACUGGGAAGGGACUGUAUCUGUGGGAUCGCUCAAGGGUAAUGCUACCUAUGAGUACUAUGUGAGUGUUCCCCUUGCAACCAACGAUUUUAAGGGUGUUGGUCCCUUUAUGCUGGCUUCCUACGAAAUGGAGUCUUGGGCAUCGACUUAA